AUGGCCUCCCCUUUGACGACGCGACGUGUAGUCACUGGACACACCCCAGAUGGCAAAUCCGUCAUUGAAUCAGACCGGAUCCUAACAUCCCUGAACCCAAUCGACCAAAAGCCAGCCGAAGGCAUUAUUCCUGGCAUCACGCAAAUCCUCAAAACAGAAGGCUUUCCAGCCAAGGCUAAUGGACCAUUCUUUGAUCCUUAUGGUGCCAAGGGGGUUCCCUUGGUCGACGACUCGGGCGUCUUUGUCCGUAUCAUCCAUUUUCCACCGAUCGGCGAAGAUCAGGAGGACAAACUCAAUUUCAAGCACCGCACUCAGAGUGUCGAUGUGGGAUUGGUCCUCAGUGGCGAGAUCCAAAUGACUUUGGAUGAUGAUGUCAAGACGAUCCUUAAAGCUGGAGAUACUGUCGUUCAGAGAGGAACGGUACAUGAAUGGAGGAACAUCAGCAAUGAAUACUGCGUCAUGUUGUUUGUCUUGGUGCCUUCGGACCCGAUCAAGGUGCCACAGACCGGCGAGGUUUUGGAGCCAACGCCAAUGCCGCUUUUGGAGGAUUGA